ACUGUAAUAAGUGUUGGGUUUGAGUACACAAAACCAGUGUUCUUACUGUUGCUUUCAUCUACAGGCAAUUUUGACGACUUCAACUUACAAGAUGCAUUUGGUAAUUAUUACACUCUUGCAAAUUUUGGGAGAAACUACAAAGAAUCCUCUUCCAUCUCAGAGGCCAUCAGCAUCAGAUUCAGGGGAUUUCAACUUGGAAGAUGCUCUUCAUCCUGGUGACCCCAAGCCAGGUCCGCCUGCAACUCCUAGAGACACUGAUAAUCCCAAGCAAGGUCCACCUGCACAUCCUAAAGACACUGGCAAACUUGAUGAUUCAGAUCUAUAUGAUGGUCGUUUACCAAACAGAGGAGGUCAUGGUGGUGGCAGCAAUGAACGGAAGGACCCAAGUCCAAAUGAUGGCCAAACAGCUGAGGCUUCUCAGGGAGCCAUAGCUGGAAUUGUUAGUGCUGUGUUUGCUACUGUAAUUGGAGCAGUAUCUAGUUUCAUUGCUUACCAGAAGAAGAAACUCUGUUUCAAACAAAGUGCAGAUGAAGAGAAUGUGAAUAUGGAAAGCCAUCGGGGAGCGCAAUCUGAGCCACCUGUUCAGCGCACGCUUCUGGAGAACUAAAUUCAAGAAAGGACGAUGAAUAACAGAUCAUUGAAACUGGAUAGAGAGCCUGCAUUCUGCCUGAAAAAAAAAA